AUAAAUAGUUUUUUCUGGCCCUCACAAAAACAAACCACCCAUUUCUAAACUAACUGAACGGUGACUGGAGAAAUGCAUCCCCGUAGUGGUAAACUGAGCGUAAUUUCUUUCUUUUUAAAAACCGGAUUGUCUUGAGCAUACCGUAACUAAUCUGAAAUAAGUGAGUGGGAGCAAUUUUUGUUUUCUGUGGGUUGUUCAUUUCAAUUGCGGUUGUCUUUCGAUUUAUCUUCAUUCCAUUUUUCUUACUCCUGUUAUCUGCUUUCCUUCUUAAUAUUUUGACUUCGACCGGCUUGGAAUACUUUAUGCGGAGGUCGAUUUAAAUUUGCCUUCCAAGCGAAAAAAAAAACCUUUUUAAAUUAGUUCUCUUUCAUUUUACCGGUGUGAUUUUUGUACUGAAAUCGGUGACAUUGAAGGGAAAAAAUAAUAGCAAUAACAAUACUGAAAUACUGAAAAAAAUAAUACUGAAAAAUCAACACGCCUUCUAUAAAUAACGAACAAAAAUUAACACCAAAAUAGAGGAAAGCUUUAAAAGGCAAUCAUUCAUUACGUCAAUAAUUAAAUAGCUUCACUAUUGACGCAGGUAGUUUUAAAAAUAAACUUAAUCAUGACGAAAACAACGAAACGCUCUAGCGCUAAAAAGGUUCAAACGUCUUACAAGUUAAUAUGUCUCUAAAUUUUCUUACUUAAACAUAAGUGGGUUUCGUUUUGCCCUGAUUAAUCCAAAUGCAUUCCCUUUGAUGACAAAAUCCUUUCAUUUGAGUAGAGAAAACGACAUCGAUUAUAGUUUUGAGUCAGAAACAGAGAGUGAAAACCAAGUAUUGUUGCUGUAUUGUUGCAAGCCUCCUCAAAAAACAAUGUCGCGAAAAAAUGUGCAUUCGAAAACCAACUGCACCAAUUUCUUCGGGGUAAAAUCGUAUGUGCACAAGUUCUACGAGAACCAAAGUGCGGACCUGGAUGACUCGGAAUACGAGAGCACUCACCCGAAUGGUCUGGAAGACGAACACGUGACCCUUACUCCCCUUCCAAAAUAUCCAUGCGCAUACUCAAAAAGGUGGAACAAAUUUGUCUAUUUUGGGACUGUGCUGUUGGUUCUCGGAAUCCUCUUGUUGAUUUUCACUCACUCAAUUCCACUCAAGAAAGUCAUCGUCGGAUACCAAAACGGAGAAGCUCUUCAAGACAACAAAGCUGCUUUUUUCGACCGCGAAGUAGAGCUAGCCACCAUAAUCGGCCUAUCCGUGGUUCUGCUAGGAGGACUCAUACUCGCUUUUUCGAUAUUGCUUCCCGCUUUCUUCAAAGACGAAGACGAAUACCCGCCCGAUUACGUCAUCAAAGUUCCGGCUGACAAAGUAGUCUACAAGAGGUUGUCCAAAUCAGGAGACCAGAUUAUUCCACACAGCGGAAAAAUAGAAAACGUGCAACCUGCACCGGCUGAAAAUGCUGGCAUAAAAUUUUCAGUGAAAAUAGAAGAAAGAUAAAUUGUUGAAUACAGGGGCGGAUCUAGGAUUUUCUCGAGG